AUGAAGGUGCUUUAUUCUGACUUCCUUAUUAAUUGUUCAUUUGUAGUGAAUGUGCUGAGCAAUAUAGUGAAAUACGAUGAAAAAUACAGAACCUUUUUAAAGACACAGAAAGAAUUGGGUUUACAGGUAAUUGGAUACUCCCGAAAAUCGCCUGGUGAUAAAAAUAAAGAAAACAGGACAAAACUGUUAAGAAGGAUGAUUGAAAGAUUAAGAACUCAGUCUCCGGCAAAUAAAGUCUUUGUCUCAAAAACUUCCACUGUUGAUGAACCCUUUGAUGAACGAGAUGUUAAUAAAGAUAAUGUAGAUGAAGCAGAUGGCUCUACAGUAGGUAAUAGACGACACAUGUUGAAAGCAAACUUGAAUUAA